AAUCGAGCAUUUGCCGAUACCCCGCAGUUGUAUGGGGUACUCAGGCGAGGCGAUACGCGCGAAUAUACAAAAUGGCGCCCAAAAAAUAUCCACACGAUAUCACGUUCGUAUCUCCUGAAGAGGAAAAGCUUAUUGUCAAGUGCAUUUACGGGUACUUAAAGUGCGGUACGUUCGUGAAGGUGGGUCCCCAGCGCUACGUUCUGCCGGCCAAGUUCCGGCGCUGCGCGGAGUAUAUCUACAACAUGCAGGUGCGCCCCGACGACACCUGGGUCAUCACCUUCCCGAGGUCAGGCACAACUUGGACCCAAGAAAUGGUGUGGCUUCUGCAAAAUGAUCUCGAUUUCAAAACUGCUAAAGAAGUACCUUUGUAUGAGCGGUUUCCACAAUUAAUAGUGACGGCCCAGAUCCCUGACCUCGCGCACUACCUCAUCCGAGCCAACUUCAUGAACCUCGCCAACUUCCAAGGGCUAGACGCGGCCAUCAGACAGCCCAGCUGGGAGUCCAUCGACAACGCACCCUCGCCACGCUUCAUCAAGACCCAUUUACCACUGUCGCUCCUCCCGCCGAACCUUCUAGACGUGGCCAAAGUGGUGUAUGUGGCCAGAGAUCCGAGAGAUGUCGCUGUUUCGUAUUAUUAUUUGCAGAAACAUAUUGGGAAGGGAAUCGUGCGCGCUAGCUUUAUGGAGUUUUGGGAAGCCUUCAGGAAAGACCUACUGCCGUUCACCCCGGUGGUGGCUCACGCGAACGAGGCGUGGCAGAAGAGGAACCACAAGAAUCUCCAUUUUAUAUUCUACGAAGAUCUAAAAAAAGACCUAUCCCUGGAAGUGCGCUCAAUGUGCAAGUUCCUCGGGCGCGAGUACUCCGACCUGAAGCUGUCGCUGCUGGUGGACCACCUCGCCUUCGACAACCUCAAGAAGAACAAGACUGUGAACAACAACCUGCACAAUGAUCAGAAAGCACAGUUCAUUAGGAAAGGUGAGAUCGGUGGUUGGGUGGAGCACUUUGACGAGAAGAUGGUGGUGCAAGCCCAAGAGUACCUGCGCACGCGCCUGGCCAAGGUUGACGUGAGAUAUCCGACCAUACCGUGUAGUGUCACGGACACUGACUGUUGGGAGAGCGAGAAGGAAGUGACGCACUUAUAACAGUUGUUACAAUUGCUGUUUUAACACUUAAGGACCAGGCUAACGGGUCAAUCUAUAAA